GUUGUGCUAUCAAGGGUUUACUACAGCUAUAGCCCUGACUCCUGAGCCUCCAUGCUGAAGGAAUUGGAGAAGGUGUCCUGUUCAUGAGUCUAAACGGGUGCAGGUACUUUGAAAGCUCGAAGGAGACGGCCUAUUGAUUGGAAAAGGGUGGUGGUAGGGCCCAGGGGACCACUUUGCAGAAGCGAAGGCUGGUCAGGGUCCUUGUCCAGAAUGGCAGAUGGGUGAUGUAGUAGAAGAAGAAGCGCCGUUUCCAUUAAAAAAAAACCUCCGUGAAUUUCUGGUAAAUCUAUGCACCCAGUCUUGCAGCAGAGCACAAUUGCCGCUAGGGGUGGAGGGGCAUCGUUUGCAGAAGGCCCCCUUCCCCAAGAGCAUCACAAUUGUCUCUUCGAGGGGCAGGAUGGCAGCACUCAGUGUGAGGGAGGGUUUGGCGGGGCUCCUGACCAACAAGAUUGAUUACUCGCAGCUUCGUGUGGGGGACCAUAUCUACUCUUGGAGAAACAUGAUAUACGCCCAUCAUGGCGUUUAUAUUGGCGAUGACAUGGUCAUCCACUUCAACCGCGAACCCAAGGAUGAUCUUGACGCCAGCACGGCCUCCACCCUGAGCUUAUUCACGUCGAGUAUGGCGUCCUCUGCCGGGCCCUCACACUCUGCACGCGGGACCUGGGCUGACAACUUCUUCACCGGCAGCUUUCUCCGGCCAGAGAACUCCCUUCCAGGGGGACCGCUUGUCUGCUUGUGUACGGGCAUGGAAGUGCACGGGGCGACCCCUGAGAAGAUUGGGGUUGCCAAGAGCUGCCUUGGGUGCUUUCUGAACGGCGGCCAACUCUACCGGUUUGAGUAUGGCGUCAUGCAAGUCACCAAGGCGCUCAAGCUUUCGGGAACGUGCACCACGGCUGCGUCCGAUCCUGCUGACGAGGUCCUGCGGCGCGCCCACUUCCUCCUCGAAAGGGGCUUCGGCGACUACGACCUGUUCCACAACAACUGCGAGGACUUCUCCCUCUACUGCAAGACCGGCCUCGUCAUACGCGCGCACGAGCGCUUUGGGACACGUGGCAGAAGCUGCCAGGUCCAGGGGCAUGCCGGCGCGGUGAUCGCUGCAGCGUCGAUCUUCCCGGCGCGGCUCUUGACGGCGAACCCGUAUGUGUCUGCGGCGAUGGCGUUGGGGAUGGUGACGCUGUCGCGCGUUUCGACGGACUUGGGGCAGAGGGACGACGUGGAAAAGGUGCCGGUGGAGGAGCUGGUGAAGCGGUGGGAAGUGGAGGCACGGUCCGCAUGAGCGGGGCACGGGGGCUUUCCGGUUUCUGGAGUGGCUCUUUUGUUUUGACAUAAUGUCGCGUGUGACAGUAUAACUGAGCGGGAAUAGCUGAAUUGGGAGGAGGGGUGGAUGGCAAGGCAGGUUUCUGGAAUUGAACAGUACUUCUACUUCGAUUCUGAAGGAGAGGAAAAGUCGGAGUGAUUGGCGGGUUGAGUAACGAGCACCGUUCUGCGUAACAAUCUACAUUGAUAGGGCGAUGCACGUGAAUAAAGAAUUAUAGAAGUUGGGCACACGCUCGCAAAAGAAGCGGGUCUAGCGCAAGUCAGUAGGACCUUCGGGCUAGGCAAGGGUUACAAUCUGGACUGCUUACUUAGGUACAUAACCAAAAGCACGCUCUUCUUAUUGAUACGGCACACGUUUCGGAACUCCUUGGGUACUGUCGGAAGUACAUUAGUAACAUGCUGCAAGCAAAAGAUUGGCAUACGAAAUGUAGUAGGAUAGGAAGCCUUGAGAGAUCAAAGAGUAUCCGCUUACUAAUCCUUGAGGACUGGGCAGAUCUCAAGGUAAAUCCACACAAAAUCCGUUGUAAAGUAGUCCCGGUAAUGUUUAUGAGCGGACCUAGGGGCACAUUGGUCAUACAGUCAUUGGUUGCUGACCAAGGCAUAGGUACGAUCACAUAGUUGGCGGACUCACAUGAUCGGAUCAGGCUCGUGAAAGAUCAAAUUCAGAGCCAGACCCUUAAUCGCAAUUGCUGUGUUAGACUCGGCGACUCCGAGCUAUCUAGUUGGACAUAAGUAGCACAUUCGCUUAAGAAUACUUAAACGUAC